CGAUGUGAGUGUCAACAAAGUGAUGGCGUAAGGGGGGCUGCGGCGAGCCUGGCUGAUCAAGUUGUGUGUAGACUGAGCAGCUUGUGCCCGUAUAGGGCACCUUGCUCGUCGCCAUUCUUCGCCUGAACCAGGACCCACGGGAUACAUAAGGCUCUGUGCUGUAGUUGACCCAAUCUCACAGCAACAACAACAGACACAUCAUCACUUCGUCUUAUAAGGAGGAGAAAACCUGGACGCAAACUGCAUUUAUCAAAGAGAAGAAAGUGCCAGACUUCCAUCAUGCCUCUCAGCGGCCCCGUCUCCCCCAGGGUGUUCAAGGCCAUAGAGAAGUCUGACAUACACACCCUAGCAUGCUGCCGCGAGGAGGAGAUCAGGCCCAUCCUUCCCUGCCUGGUGAGGAUGAGCCUCAUAGCCCCGCUGGACCACUCGGAGGAGUGCAUAGCUGGUAGGAAGGUCAUCCUCAGGAUCCUAUCCGGGAUAGAGGUGGUCAACUCCCUGGUGGCUCUACUGUCCAUUGACUUCCCAGCUCUUGAGGUGGAUGUUAAGAAAGAGCAGCAGUUAAGGCAGAAACUAGGUGGUGGUAAUCAAAGUGAGAGCGUUCUGGUUCAAAAUCUGGCAAAUGGCCUUGCUCUGGAGUUUGAAUGCUCAGACCCAACACGCAGACUGCGACUACUUCUCUCUGAGAUUCUCCUGGUUAUGGCUCAGAUUCGUGAGCCUCGACAAGAUUUUUACCACAAAUCUUCAGAGCUGUUUGAUAACCCAUGCUACUUGGAGGAAGUGAGUGAUGUAUUGUGUAUUGCUUUGGCUGAAUUGCCAGCACUGUUACCUCCAGCAGAAGUUGCAGAAGCUCUUCUCCAUGUUACCAAUGGACCAGCACUUGUUGCUCGUAUGGUGGCUAAUCAACCAGAUUGUUUCAGAGAAGUUGUGACAGGAUUAGUUAUGACUGGAGAUAAACAAGAUGAAGAUUCCCCUGGAGGCUUAUUACGUCUGCAAGCUGUACGAAUACUUUGCCAGAUGAAUCCCAGUCAGGCUCUCAAUGUUAGGGCUCUUUGUGUUGAGCAGUGUCGUAUGCCAGGUUUGGCAGUGUACCUAACAUUAGAUGCUGGAAAAUGUGGAUCUGGUGUUGCAGGAAGCAGUGGUAGCGUAGGUAGUAAUAUGUAUGGAGGGGAAGGUGGAGAUGUUGUCAGUUAUGUGACAGGCUUGCUUCUCUCACAUAACCAUCAGCAGCGCACCUGGUUUGCACAGUUUGUCAAGAGUGGACAGAGGAGAAAAUAUGAACAGCAAGCCUCUGCACUAGUGGCUCUACGCACUGACCUCAGUGAACGGCUGAGAAACCUCCUGCUGUUCAAUAGCAACGAUACAUUGCCAGACUCACAAGUUAUACAUGCCACAGCCCUUCUCAGACUCUAUUGUGCACUCAAGAGCUUGGCUAAUCUUAAGUUUAGUGAAGAUAAGGAGAUUGGCCUGCUACUGCAGCUAGUAACUUGUCAUCCUCCCCCGUCAGCUGCUGGUGUGAGAUUUGUUAGCACUGGCCUUUGUAUGCUUAUUGCCUGUCCCUCGCUCAUAUCCUCCCAGGAAAAUGAAAGGAGAGCUUCAGAAUGGAUCAAGUGGUUAGUCAAAGAAGAGGCUUACUUUGCUGGAGCCAGUGGUGUAUCCUCAUCCUUCGGUGCUAUGCUUUUGCUGAUGGCCAUCCACUUUCAUGUUCAGCAGCUGAGUGCCAUUAUUGAGUUGGUCAGUGCUGCCUUGGGAAUGAAGGUCAUUACUCGUGCCAAUAAUCUCUCUCGCAUCAAGUACAUAUUCACCCAUGAUGUCUUUACAGAGCAGGUGGUCACUGCCCAUGCUGUAAAGGUUCCAGUGACCUCUGGACUAAAUGCCAACAUUCCUGGAUUUCUUCCAGUUCACUGUGUAUAUCAUCAGCUAAAGAGUCGCAUGUUCACCAAGCAUAAAGUUCCAAUUAAAGAUUGGAUUUACAACCAGAUAUGUGCAUCUUCAACUCCAUUGCAUCCUGUUAUGCCUCAGCUAAUUGAAGUUUAUGUCAACUCCAUCAUAUUGCCAGCCAGUAAGGGUGGAUUAACUGAUACCUUUAAUGAGCCAAUUUCAGAGGAGGAAAUAAUGGCUGUCUUUUCACAGUCCAUUUUUACUGAAAAAGCUACAGAGAAUUCGACAACAGUUGCAUCAAGGUCAGCAGCACCCUUUAGAAGUUUAUCGACAAGAAAAUCUGUGUUGCUAGAAAGGCCUUUGUCCAUCCUCCACCAGUCCUGUGGAUACACUGCGCCAGCUCAGUUGGCAUCUCACUCAUCUUCCCAUGAUACUAAUGUGCCUGUUGCUUCAGUGAUGACUUCGCAGUUAUUGCUGUUGUACUACUUGCUGUUGUAUGAAGACGUACGCCUCAACAACACGCACCAGCUGCUUGUAAACAACCGACGAGUUCACUCAUAUUCCCCUCACUUGUUUGCGCAGUUGCCCAUCAGAUAUUUGCUUUCACAUGCACAAAGGGAACAAAGACUAUACGCAGGUCUGUUUUCCCCUCUGGUGAAAUUGUUGGUGAGUCAUUAUCCACAGCUCUGUUUGGUGGAAGACUGGUUGUACCAAAGUCCCUCAGCUAAUUCUAGCCUUGGCAUCCUACCUCCAAAAGUUCCACUGGACCUUCAAUCUGUAACUAAAGCAAUGGAAGAUGCAGCAGAUAAACCUGGUCGACUUCUGGUAUUGCUGGACCGCUUGAUGAGAAUGCCACCUCAUCAACUCUGGUUAUUGGCUGCUCCCAUUACUGCUUCUAUUAAGUGCUUAUUGCUGCCUGGAGUACCACGUAAAGUAUUAGAUACAUAUAGACAAAUAUGGAUGCGACUCAAUUCAUUGUUUCCCCGUCGUCUUUGGGCGAUGACUGUAGAAGGACUUCUGCCAGAAGAAACUACUGGCAAAUCAAGGAAGACACUCACAGAGGAUGAUAUCAUAUUGGACCCUUUAUAUGUACUUAGAUGUGACGAUAGAGUAUAUAGGUGUGCACCCCUCCUGCAACUGGUGAUGUACAUGUUGCAAGUUUAUCUCCUGUCUUCCCGUACUUUCUUAUCACAGCAGAUGCAAAACACACCUGUAGUGAGCACCCCACACAGUCAGAUUGCAGGUAGUACUAUAACUUCAGCACAGGCUUUAGAAGAAGAACGAGAAAAGUUGCGAGGUGCCCUUGUUCUGACUCAGGAAAGUUCUGCGGUGCAGAUUCUGCUAGAAGCUUGUCUGAUGAAAGACCAUGAGAAGGUGGGCAGACUUUCUGAUGGUGCCGGAGCAUUGGCUCUUCAGGAAAUACGGAGUAUUGUGUGUUCCUACAUCCAUCAAGCAUUCCUCAAGGAUACAACAUUAGCAAAGUUGGUCCAUUUUCAGGGUUAUCCGGGAGAGUUGAUUGGACCAGUGGUGCGAGGAGUCCCUUCCAUGCAUAUUGCUAUUGGCCUUAACUGGAUUCCAGAGCUUCUCCAACUUCCUGACUUGGAUAAACAGUUGUUUGCUGUGGAGCUAACUUCUCAUCUGGCUCUUCAGAAUGCUAUGCCAUCUACACUUAGUAUAUCAAGACUAGCCAUUAAUGCACUGGCUACACUUCUCUCUGUUUUGGGUGAAGAGGAGAGACUCUUAAUAAUGGAAGCAUCAUUGCCAUCCUUGGUGGGUAUUGGCAAAGCAUUCCCAGCACUUAUAGAAGAUCUCAUUCAUUUGCUUGUGAUGUAUGGCCGAGUAGCUACUGCACAGUCUGCUCUUUCAGCUGCACCAGCUCCUAAAUCAAUUGCAUUUUUGGAUAUGCUGGAUCAGGAGACAAAAGAUGAAGAGGAUCACAAAAUGGAUUAUGAAGAAGCUCCUCCUCCUUCACCCAAGAGUGUGUGCAGGCGACUAGUGCGCAAAGUUCCCCGUGAAGAUAGUCUUUUUGCCAGGAUAAUAGGAGCUUUUAAGAAGUUGAUAGUAGAAAGUACAAUGACCCAUAAUCUCUACUAAGUUAGGUGCUAGUAAUCAUAUUUAAUAGUGAAUGAUAUUUUUGCUUUACAGAAUAUUACUUGAAAUAAUUUUGUAUAUCAGUGAUGGGAAUACAAGUUUCUAAUUGCCUUGUAUCAAUGAAGGCAAUCAUAUUGCAGUCUGUGUAUGUAAUGUACAUACUUUAAUAAAAGUAUUACUGUUUAAA